AUGGAAGAAGUUUUUUAUCUAUGGAGGUUAGCUGGAGGAGACCUUGAGUCUGUUCUUAAGCGAGCUGGUAUGAUCAAAUCACGGCCACCUAUAACCCUGCUGCCUUGUUUUGUCUUGGCCAGCGGGGAAUGGUUUGGCCAAAAGAGGGAUCAGUCAGAACUCUUGGACAACACUGUGAUUGUGUUAUCUCAAGAACAGCUUAGAAACAGACUGAAACAUGUCGGAGAGGCUGCCUAUUAUCCGUUACUUGAAGAUGAGAAAGAAACUUUACGAGGACUGCCUACAUCCCCCAGCAGCGGUGACCUUUCCCAAACAGCAACACUUCCUCUUGUUAUCCGUGAAAAAGAUGUUGAGUAUCAGUUUCAUCGAAUAAUUCUCUACGAACGUCUGCUACAGGGCUAUCCUUUCAAGAAGGCUCAUAUCUGGCGAGAGGCUAGGAUAGACACUCCUCCAUUAUACAGAGCUCAAGUGUGGGCUGCUCUCCUCGAAGUAGAGGGAGAUAUAACUGCACGCUAUGAUUCUAUAGACAAAGAGACAGCAUCUCCUACUGACCGCCAAAUAGAAGUUGAUAUACCUCGUUGCCAUCAGUAUCAUGAACUACUUUCAUCUCCAGAAGCACACCACAAAUUUAAGAGGAUACUUAAAGCCUGGGUUAUUAGUCAUCCUGAGUAUGUCUAUUGGCAAGGACUUGACUCACUCUGUGCACCUUUUCUUGCUCUAAACUUCAACAAUGAAGCCCUGGCAUUUGCCUGCCUUGAUGCUUUCAUACCAAAAUACCUCAACAAAUUUUUCUUGAAGGACAACUCACCUGUAAUUCAAGAAUACUUGGCUGUAUUUUCACACCUCAUCGCUUAUCAUGAUCCUGUAUUGAGCAACCAUCUUGAUAACAUUGGCUUCAUUCCAGAUUUGUAUGCUAUUCCUUGGUUCCUUACUAUGUAUGCCCAUGUAUUUCCCCUUCACAAGAUUGUCCAUCUGUGGGACACACUUUUACUUGGCAACUCUUCUUUCCCGCUUUGCAUUGGUGUGGCUAUUCUUCAUCAACUGCGAGAUCAGCUCUUGGCUUUUGGCUUCAAUGACUGUAUCUUACUUUUCUCUGACAUGCCAGAGAUUGAUAUUGAAAGGUGUGUGCAGGACUCCAUCAAGAUAUUUUGCAGCACACCAAAAAGCACCACCUUUCGACAGCAUGCACGUCCUUCUAAAAGAAACUCACGGACUGAUAUCCGACCUAAUGUGUCUUACUAUUCGAGAGAUUACAAUGAGCAGCCUGUUAAUGACCUUUCAAAAGACUCUGUCACAAUAGAAGAACUAAAAGUUGACAAAUGUCCUCGAAUAUCAGCAGAAGAUUUGAUUGAGUUGGGAGAACUGACAGGGCCCUCAGUUACACGAAGUCCUACGAAAAAGUCCCAAAAUAGCAAACCAAAGCUCCUUGUACUAGACAUCCGGUCCCCUGAAGAAUUUAAGCGGGGUACAGUGCCAGGGGGUAUCAACAUUCCAUUUCAGUCAGCAUUUAAUGCUGAUGGGACACUUGCAUCAGCACAGGUAGCACAGACACUGACCAAUCAUAGGCUACAAGUUAAGGUAGUCGUUGGUUCGACAGUCAAAAUGAUGUCAGACUUUGCCAACAAUCUUGUUUCUCUUGGCUGCUUCCAUGUUUGCACAUUGCAUCGUGGGAUUGAUGUUCUGAGAUCCACAGGUCUCUUGACUGUGCCUCCUGCUGAUAUUUGA